UAACGUCGAGAGACGGGUGCAUGGGUAUUAAUUAAUUUAUUUAUUGUUCACAAAUAUACUGAUCAUUGCAAUAAAGGCUGCGCGGAUAGUUUAACUUGUUCAAGGCUUAUCUACAACGUGAACCCUCCUACAGGAUUGACCUAUUUCUUAUCUUCAGAAGAUACAUUAUAUGAAGAAAGCAAAUAUCCUGCAUGUAUAUAGAUUUUCUUAUAUCAAUAAACAUCGAAGUUCUGGACAGUAAAACCACUGAAUCAAACAAAAUCAGUACUACUCUAUCUGCUCGAGGGAGACUAAAACAUUGAUGACAAUGGAUGCUUCACAUUCUCUCUUAGAACAAGACAACAACCGUAGGGCCGAAGAAAUGUCGCACAAGGUUUCUCUGCUUAAGGCAUACGCCAAAGAUAUUGAAACUGAAUCCAAGUCACAAAAUAAAUUUCUUGAUGAAAUUCAGGGCUCGUUCGACAAUGCUAGUAAUCUUUUGUCAAAUACACUUCAUCGAGUCCUUGGAAUACCAAAGAAGCGUACAAAUAAUCGGAAAUUUAUGUGUUAUGUAAUUUUAUUUGUCGUUCUCUUCAUAUUACUGGUGUAUCUCUUUAUUUUUCACAGAUAUAGUUAG